AUGACAGACCCGAAGGACGUAGCUCUCAUUCUCGAGAAGCUGAAGCUCUACAUCGGACACCCCAACCCAGGACAACCAUUCGCCGACAUCUUCCCAAUAUUCCGGGACCCAGCCGUGACCGAGAUCGUAAUCUCGCACCUCGUAAAGCACAUCCAGGAAACUCACGACCUGACCAAGAUUUCCGCAAUCGUGUGUCUCGAAGCUCGUGGCUUCUUCUUCGGUCCUCUAAUUGCAUCCCGUCUUUCGCUUCCGGUUGUCCCGGUCCGGAAGAAGGGGAAGCUGCCAGGGGCUGUGGUUUCCGUUACCUAUGAUAAGGAUUAUGGACCUGAUAGUUUUGAGAUGAAAGACGAUGCUUUCGAGGGUAUUGAGAAAGAGGGAAAGCAAGUACUUUUGGUUGAUGAUUUACUUGGGAUGGGCGGGAGUGUGAUGGCAGCAAAGGGAUUGGUUGAGAAAUUAGGGCAAAGCGUUGCAGAACUAGUUUUCAUUUUCGACGUCGACAUUCCAAUUUAUGCAGAGGCAGUCAAGAAGAAUUUGGGGGACGCGAAGAGGUAUGCCAUGGUCACUUUGACUACGACGAAUAUGGGUGCGCCUAUUUCCUUAGGCUGAGGACUUGACUUCAUGACGGACAUUUUGAUUUUCCAAUAUACCUAUAUCCACGAUAGACUCUGACGGCAAUGCUAUGGUAUCAUAGGUAUAUUACUGAAGCAUAGCAUCUAGACUCUCUCCUAACACACUCUCAAUCUUUACAAUCCAUCGAUGUGUCUCUUUCUCCACCACAUCAUCGUCAUCUUCCUGCAGUUCGCUGAUG